AUGGAGCAACCUCCUGGGUUUGUUGCUCAGGGGGAGUUAGGGCGAGUUUGUCAUCUUCGCAAAUCUUUAUAUGGGUUGAAACAAAGUCCUCGUGCUUGGUUUGGUAAAUUUAGUCAGGCUGUUGAGAAAUUUGGUUUGUUGAAAAGUAAGUCAGAUCAUUCUGUGUUCUAUAAAAGAUUAAUUGCUGGUAUCAUUUUGUUAGUUGUGUAUGUGGAUGACAUCGUUAUUACUGGAAAUGAUACUCGAGGCAUCUCAUCCUUUAAAUCUUUCAUUCAUACUCAGUUUCACAUGAAGGAUUUAGGGGUCCUCAAGUAUUUCUUGGGAGUUGAAGUUACUCGGAGUAAACAAGGUAUUUUUCUGUCUCAAAGGAAGUAUGUACUUGAUUUGUUAACUGAGACAGGAAAAUUGGGAGCAAAACCUUGUAGUACUCCAAUGAAUCCAGCUAUGCAUCUUACACGUGAUGGGGAACCAUUUGAAGAUCCUGAGAAAUAUCGCAGAUUGGUUGGAAAGUUGAAUUAUCUAACUGUGACUUGUCCAGAUAUUGUAUUCUCAGUUAGUGUUGUUAGUCAGUUUAUGUCUUCUCCAACAAUUCAUCAUUGGGCAGCAUUAGAGCAAAUUUUGUGUUACUUGAAAGGAGCACCAGAACGAGGUAUUGUUUACAAGGAUCAUGGACACACCCAGAUUGAGUGUUUCUCUAAUGCGGAUUGGGCAGGCUCCAAGGUAGAUAGACGAUCCACUUCAGGUUAUUGUGUCUUUGUUGGGGGCAAUCUAAUCUCUUGGAAGAGUAAGAAGCAAAAUGUUGUGUCUAGAUCCAGUGCAGAAUCAGAAUAUAGAGCUAUGACACAGUCUGUGUAUGAGAUAGUAUGA